UAUGGUUAAACUUAAAUUACGAUCUCAAAUGUCAUAAUACUAUUAUCGAGAUAUUUUUUGUUUUUGGUUUCUUAAAAAAAGUGGUUUUGUUAUUAAAUAUUAAAAAUUUAUGAUUCUUCUCGUAAAAAAUGGCUCUCAGCAAUAUAGUGUUGUUAAGUCAAGUUGCUGGUUAUGUUGUGGCUUUAAUUUUAUCUUUAUGUAUAGUUGUUCCUAUGAGCUUGCAUCAAGAUGAAUUUCGAGGCCACUGCCUUUUAUUUUCAACGGGAGUGUGGCAAGAAAGUGAUGGACAAUUUAAUGUUAGUUGGGCAUCACAAGCCUAUUGCAAUUAUUCAAUAUUUGUAGGUGUAGCUUUAUUUCUUGCAUCAGUUAUUCAGAUUUAUAGGUUAGGAUUAUUUUUAUAUCAAGGUACUGAUAGUAGUUUCUUAUCGGCCUUUAUAGAUGUAGUUUCAAGUAUGAUUCUUUGUGGUAUGACAAUUAUGGCUGCAUUAAUGAUCACAUUGGGAUUCAUGGUUUGGUGUCAAAAUAUGACACAAAGGUUUCCUUCAUGUGAAAUGGCUGCAGGACAAGUGAUAGACAAACAGGAUGGUAUUGAUACUCAAGGGUUCUAUGUGGAAUUAGGGACUGCCCAGUUCGGAGUAUGGGGUUCAUUUGCAACGUGGGUGGGUCUUACCGUAUUUGCUCUAUUAAAACUUUGUCGUUAUCAUCAAAUAGAGAAUAUUCGCGUGUCAAUGUAUAGGGAAAGGCAGAGAUUAAUAAAUGAGAAUGCCGAAUCUCCCGGUAGUUCAUUAGGUAGGGAAUCUACUAAUACACAGACAACUGUGACGGCAGAGUGAUUAUAUAUUUAUUUAUUAAAAUAUCCUUGCCUAUUGGUUUAUGCUGUCAUACAUAUAUCUUUGUUACUCCAUCAUACUCUCCAUCAGCUUUACAAAUAUUAAGUUAUGAAUUGAAUAUCUUGUGAUAAUAAGUAAUUGUAUUUAUUUUCUAUAAUUAUUUAUAUAUAUGUGCUGAAACUCAGUUUUCUAAAAAUAAGUUUAAUUACAA